AGUCGCCCGGGCAGCGCCGCAGCGGGCGGGGGCCAUGGCGGAGGCCGUGAGGGUUCCCCGCAAGGCCCGAGCCAAGAGCAGACCCAAGGAAAAAAAGAAAAAAAGUAGUGAGGAAACCCACAUACAAGAGUCUGAUGAUGUCUUCCUCCCUCCUGUGGCAGAAGUGUCUUCUCAAGCCAGUAAAGUGCAAGUGGAACGUCCUGGAGAAUUUACAGAAAUUUGUCUCAGUGAUGAAGUAGAGGAUGGAAAAACUAUAAAAGAUGUGUGCGACAUCUCCCAGAGUACUUUGUCUUCAGCAAAUGAAGGAUCUUCGACAGUGACUCUGGAGCCUCCCACAAAUGCAGAAGAGUUCAAAGCUGAUCAUUCCCAUGAGGAAUGCAGGGGCGGUGUUGAGAAGAGUGGAAAAAGCAAGUUGGACAAACCUCACAGCCCUGUGGAGGUGGUUGCUAGCGGAUCAGGAAACUCUGAUUUAUCGAGUAGUACAUUUCAUUCUAGUGCUGCUGGCUCUCGGACAGUAGUGGGCUUUGUACAGGACAAAGUAACUGAAAACGUACAAGGUGAUAAAAAUCCUCUUGUCUGUUUGUCAGAGAAGCCUCCUCCUAGUAUCUUGCAGCAAUCUGAGAAAUCCAAAACACGUGUUCAGCGAUCGGGAUUGAAACCAGUUUAUCCAAACUUGUCAGCUGAAUUGUCAUAUGAGAGACCAACCAUAAUAGCAGUUAAACCGCUGUCGCACAGUGAAAGGUUGUAUCCAGAGCUCCCAACUGAACCAGAACUGGUGCCAUUUACCAGAGAACAGCUGAAAAUUUUUGAGCCGUGUUCAUGGUUGGAAAAUGUUGACUCCUACGCAGAGGAAUUCGAAAGCGUUGCUCAUCAGGACAGGCACGAAUUUUAUGAACUGCUCCUGAACUACAUGCGCUGCAGGAAGCAGCUUUUGCUGGCCGAGGCAGAGCUGCAGGCUAUGAUGACAGACUGCCAAAAUGUUAAGGGGAGAUUAUGGACUUUUAAAGAAGAACAGAAAACUGUGCAGGGUGUCUGUGCAGAUCAGUGCAAAGUGACAGGUCACCAUCGCUACCAGACAGUGGAGCUGAAUGAAAGUGUGCUGGGGGAACUGAAAAAGCUGUUUGAAGCCAAAGCAGAGCAUGUGCAUCAGACACUGGCGCUGCACUCGUACACUUCAGUGUUGUCCCGCUUGCAAGUGGAGUCGUAUGUCUACAGGUUGCUCAGCAGCUCGUCCCUGCUGAGAUCAGUGGCUCUUCAGCAGCAAGAACAAGUUUCAAAGCAAUCAGAAAAUCUUUCUUCAGACUUGGGCCACUUGAAGGAAUGUAUCAGCGUCCUUUUCAGUUUCACUCGCAGAGUUAUUGAAGAUCCUCAAUUUCAGAGUGACCUUCUCAUGUGGCUGCAGAGACUGGUGUCUGUGUUGCAAAGAAUUGGCUGUCCAGGUGACCAUCUCUUCCUCUUCAACCACAUCCUUCGAUGUCCAGCUGGGAUCAGUGAAUGGGCUUGUCCAUUCAUUCAGAUCAAAGUCUUGGAUAACCCAUCAGGUGUCUUUCAUUUCAUGCAAUCUCUUGCCUUGCUUAUGUCUCCUGUCAAAAAUCGGGUGGACUUCAUGUGCCAUAUGAAACCAAGUGAAAGGAAAAGUUCCUCUUCAUCUGGGAAAGAAUCUGGAAACUGGACCCUGGUAGAUGAAGGAGGUGAAGAGGAUGAGGAUCCUGAAACAAGCUGGAUUCUGCUCUUGGAAGAUGACUUGAUUGCCCUGUUGUCACAGUUUCCGUUUCAUGAACUCUUUCAGCAGUUCCUUGGAUUUAAGUCUGGAGGUGCUUAUUUUCCUGAAAAAACAACUCCCCAGGAGAUGAUGAAGAUUUUUGCUUUUGCAAACUCGUUAGUGGAACUUCUGUCUGCGGGGUUAGAAACAUUUAACAGAGCACGGUACCGACAGUUUGUGAAGCGAAUUGGUCAGCUGAUCAAGAUGACACUUUGUCAUGUGAGUGACCACUGGGCCCAAUACGUUAGCGGCAAUAGACAGUAUGGAUCAGUAACGCAUCCCUACUCUGUGGAAAAAUUGCAAUUGGAGUUUGAUGAAUUGUUUUUCAGAGCUGUUCUACAUGUUCUGAAGGCAAAAAGGUUGGGAGUCUGGUUGUUCAUGUCCGAGAUGCCUUAUGGAACCUUAUCCAGUAAUAUGCUUUGGAGGCUCUUCUUUGUCAUGCACUGUGCGGAGAGCGAGCACCUGGAAAAGCUCUGCUCUACUCUGCAACCUGCUGACUGCAAACAAAGACUUAAAGAUCCAGAGCACCUUGAAAAUUUUGAAAAGUAUCUCAAAUCAAUGAACUGCUCAGAAGAAAUUUGUCUGCUCACCACAUUUGCUCAGAUGGCACAAACCAAACGGGCUGAUGUUGAUGAGGAUUUUAUCAAAAUCAUUGUUCUGGAGAUAUACGAGCUGUCUUAUGUUAGUCUUUCCACAAGAGAGACAUUUUCAAAAGUUGGUCGAGAACUCUUGGGAGCAAUUGCCAGCAUUCACACACAGAUUAUUUCAGUGCUGCUGGAUCGAGUUAAAGAGACCAUUGAGAAAGUUGGGAUGGUUUCUUUAUAUCUGUUUAAAGAACUGCCGUUGUACCUGUGGAAGCCUUCUUCGUCUGAGAUAGCACUGAUUCGUGACUGGUUACUAAAUUACAGUCUAACAACAGUGGAGAACAAACUAGCCUGCAUUAUCUUGGAAGGGCUAAACUGGGGAUUCGGUGAGCAUCAGGAUGCUCUUCAUCUGGAUCCAGCUGUCCAUUCUGAAGUUGCAUUGAUGGUCCUGGAAGCGUAUCAGAAAUAUCUCUCCCAGAAACCAUAUGCUGGGCUGCUUUCUGAAAGCAUAAAACAGGUCUCCUACUUAGCCAGCAUUGUUCGUUACGGAGAAACACCGGAGACUUCCUUUAAUCAGUGGGCGUGGGGUUUGGUUUUGAGGUUAAAGCUUCACAGAAAUGACUGUGGCAUGCAGCACGGCUGGCCUGCAGUCCCUGUGUCUGACAGAGUGCUCGACAUGACAGAGUUGGUCACGCUUCACCCCCUCCUGAAGGCUGUCAAAGCAAGCAUCCCUAUCGGCUGUUAUCUGGCGCUGGCAAUGACCACGCUAGGUCACAGCAUUGAGAAGUUCUGUGCUGAAGGGAUCCCUCUUCUGGCUGUACUCAUCCAGUCUAGAUAUCUGAGAACAGUAGUCCAUGUACUGGAUAAAAUUUUACCCUUAUUUUACUCUUGCCAGUAUUAUCUCCUGAAGAAUGAACAGUUUUUAUCUUACAUCCAACUAUUCCUUCAUCUGGAUAGUGGAGUCCCCCAAGGCAUGACCCAGCAGGUUACCCAUAAAGUAACACAGCACUUGACAAGUGUGAGCUAUGGAGAAAAUGUUAAGCUGCUCAGUAGUAUGAUACAGACUCACAUUUUCCUAAGUGACCAGCCAAAUGGAGUGGGGCCAGCUGCAGUACUGGAGUUCUGGGUUCAGGUCCUCACCAGCCAGCAGCUGUGGCACAGGGACCGGGCAACACUCUUCUUGUUGGAUGACUUAUGUAAAGCUGCCUUUCAGUACAGUCAAGAGGACUGUGUACAAAAGCUGCUUUACCAACAACACAAGAAUGCUUUGGGCUAUCAUUGUGACAAAGGUCUGCUGUCUUCGCUUGUUAGCUGGAUUGUGGCAGGCAAUGUGACACCUUCCUUUGUUGAGGGCAAUGCUAAUUCCUCUCAGGUCUGGUUUUCAUGGAUGGUGUUAAAUAUGGAGUCAAUAUUUGAAGAAGAUUCACAGCUUCGCAGAGUUGUUGAGGGGGAGUUGGUUAUUAAUGCUUUAACUCCUGAUCAAGCUUUGAAGAAAGCACAGACCCAGCUGAAGCUGCCCAUCGUACCAUCCCUUCAGAGGCUCCUGAUUUACCGCUGGGCUCACCAAGCCCUUGCUACCCCUGCUGACCACCCUCUCAUGCCGCUAAUCUGGCAGAAAUUCUUCCUCCUUUACCUUCACCGACCAGGACCACAAUAUGGAUUACCUGUAGAUGGCUGUAUUGGAAGACGUUUUUUCCAGAGCGCAGCUCAUGUUAACUUACUAAAUGAAAUGAAGCAGCGGCUAAUAGAGGUAGCAGACUUCCACCAUGCUGCCAGUAAAGCACUAAGAGUAGAGAGUCCUGCAGAGGGCAGUGACGGAUCACCGGAGAAGGCAAGCUGCUCAGCAGAUUACCUGACUUCACCAGAACUGCAUAAGGAACUUGUCAGGCUUUGUAAUGUUUUUGUUUUGUGGUUGGAAGAAGAGAGUUUCCAGAAAGGAGACACAUACAUUCCUUCUUUACCGAAGCAAUAUGAUGCACAUAGACUUGCUAAAGUCAUGCAGAAUCAACAGGAUUUGUGGAUGGAGUAUGUCAAUGUUGAACUCAUACGCCAUGAGUUUCAGGAAGCUCUAAACCUUUGGCUGCAAGUUCAGCUUGAAUCACAUACAACUUGUGUUUCUGCAGGUCAAACAGAUUUCAUCAACCCUUUAUCAGCCAAAGAGAGGAUAAUGAAUAAUUUGAAGAAGUUUGAUACUCCCAAGCCCCCUCUUCCGCUCCAGACGAUGAAAGCUCCUGUGCCAGUUAUUUCCUCUGCCAGUCUAGUAAGUCAGAAAGAAGCAAUUCAGCUCAUGCGCAUGGACCUUAACAUCUUGCAGCGACAUGCCAAAAUUGCAGCUCUCUGGGAAUCUCAGCAUGUUGCUCUUAAUAGUGAAAUAUUGGACGCGGUACCUAAGCUGUAUGUCAAUCGGGAAGAGCAGAUCACCCUCCAUUUGGAGUGCCGGGGAACUUCAAAUAAAGGCUGUCAGGGAGCAGCUCUUCUAACCAUCCAGUUUGAAGGGAAACAUAAAAAUGAAGCAGUGAACCAGCAGCUUCAUGCUUUGCGUAAAGAAGUGAGACAACUGCAGGCAGAAGCUACGAAGCCACCUUCUCUGGGUGUUGUGGAAGCAGCAGUACAUGUGGAAAAUUUUAUAACGGCCUUAAUAAAUAUCUACAAGGUGCAGCCUAUGCCUGCAAUUAAGAAAGUUGGAAUUAGUUUAUUUUUUAUGUUAGUGGAAUAUGUGUGUGAUGAAACUCAACGCAAUCCUCCCACAAGGCAGUUCUUCACGUCCUGCGUUGAGAUUCUAGGCCAAGUGUUCAUCAGUGGGACCAAGUCAGAAUGCAAACGUCUCCUCCAGACAAUCCUGCAGAAUCGAAGGCUCUGUACUCUCCUUUCUCCCUACUUCACUCCUGUUGCCUCUCCCAAUGAAUUUGUGACUUUAUAUGAAAAAGUAGUGGCCUUCCUGAGUGAGGAUAACAGUGAUGUUGUCUUCAUGCUUCUGACAAAGUUUGACCUUACGCAAUGGUUAAGUGUUGCUAAGCCACCUCUAUCUGAACGUACCAAUCUUCUGGAGUCUAUUCACUUGGCUCUCAAUGCAUGUGGCCUUGAACCUGAAGAAGAUAUUUUGAUGCCAUUUAAUAUCUUCUGCAAGCAUUGGACUAACCUUCUCCAGUAUCAGUUCCCUGAUCACUAUAGUGAUUUCCUAAGAUUGUUUGUGCAAAGCUCAUCAGAGCAGCUUCUAAGCCCUGACUGUUGGAAGGCAUCACUUGAAGCUUUGGGAUGCGGUUCAUCAGUGACUGAACAGGGAAGCUUCAAGAAAAGUGAUUCUACUGAAAGUCCUGUAUCGCGGGAUGCUGCAAAAAUUCUCCUCUCUGCAGAACAGGUUAGAGAGACAAUAGAAUGGCUUUCCACAUCUUUCCGCAAACUCCGACUGGCUUCGAUGGACUUCAGGACUUUUGGCCUGUUUUCAAAAUGGAGUCCUUAUGUGGCUGAAGUGAAUAAAUUUCUGGAGUAUCUUACUAAACGACUUAUUGACACCGAAGUUGCCAAUUUAGCCCAAGAGCCUGUUGGCAGUAACAGAAUUCUAGCAGCAUUGCAGUCCUUGUAUUCAGUCAUUGCUGGACUCUUUAAACCAUGGAUACUGGUCUUGGAUAAGGAAGAUGCAAGUAACCAGCCCUGCUACCCUUGGUUAGAGAGCGACACUCCUGUAGCAUCCACCGUGGUCUGUUUGUUUACAGAUUGCGUCAAGCUUUUGCACGAGAGCUUUAAAGAUAAGCUGUUGCCAAGCCACCAUGGGCCUCUCUGGUUACAUCUAAUGCAUUACUGUGAAUGUUGCACAGCUCCCAAAAUGCCAGAGUUUAUUCUCUAUACUUUCCAUACUGAGUUCAGAAGGCUUCCAUGGAAGGAAAUGCAUCCAGACCAGGUGCUUAUGGAAGAGUUCUUUAAAAUUGAAAGAGGCAGCCCCAAGAGUUGUUUCUUAUUCUUGGGUUAUGUUUUAUGUGAAAUAAACUGGGUCAGUGUCCUCUCUGAUGCCUGGAAUCCCAACCCUCAUCCUCAGACUCACAAUAUGAUUGUCUGUUUGCUGUAUAUGAUGGUCCUGUUGGCAAAAGAGGAACAACUUGCAGGCAAAGAGGAAUCGCCACUCAUCAAUCUUCUUGGACAGACCAGCUCCCUUCCUUGGCAGCUUGUGGGCAUUUCGUCUUAUCAAAGCAUCAUCAGCUACUGCAACAGUCACUACCCUCCCUCUGUUAUCCUUGCUAAGGAUACUGCGGCUGAACUGAUAGUGAAGCUCCUGAAAAUCUCAGCAGGCUUUGGUUCAUCUUCGGAUAGUCACAUCCACCUUGAUGCAACACUGAAGUGCCGAGCAUAUAUUCGCCAGGUGGUUCAAUUUCUCAGCACCUUAGAACAAAGCGGAAAGAUUACUCUUGCAGUUUUGGAACAAGAGAUGUCCAAGUUGCUAGAUGAUAUAGUCAUCUUUAAUCCGCCAGAUAUGGAUCUGCAAACACGUCAUAUGGCCCUCAGCAGUCUCUUUACAGAAACGCUGAUGAUGAUGAACAAUUCUAGCGUUACAACAGCUGAGUCGCUACGGGGGAGCUUACGAAAGUGGAUUGACAGCAAAGUGCACGGGUUGUUAGCAAUGCCUCUUCUCACAGCAGCGUGUCGGAGCCUGGCCUCUGUGCGACACAUGGCAGAGACGACAGAAGCCUGUAUCACUGCUUACUUCAAUGAAGAUUUUCCUCACCACCAGGAUUUAGGCUGGGGCCCUAUACUUGCCUCCCUCCAAGUUCCUGAGCUAACCAUGGAAGAAUUCCUGCAGGAGUGUCUGUCUUUAGGAAGCUACUUGACCCUGUAUGUCUACCUGCUGCAAUGCCUAAACACUGACCAAACUCUUACCAAUGAAAUGAAAAUCCUGCUAACCAUCAACAAAUGGCUGGAGCAAGUGUACCCAAGCUCAGUGAAGGAAGAGGCAAAGCUGUUUCUUUGGUGGCAUAAAGCCAUGCAGUUAUCCUUGAUUCAGAUGGAGCAAGAUGACACCGUUCUGAUCGAAUCUGUCAUUCGGACACUGCUGUCGAUCCAGGGAAGGCAGAGUCAGCUGGCUGAAGAGAGACUGACUUCUGGAAUACUUGGUGCUAUUGGUCUAGGCAGGAGGUCUCCUUUGUCACCCAGGUUUCGGGUGGUUGCCCGCAGUUUGUCCGCCUUCCUCUUGGUGCAGAUUCCUGCAGAGAGUCAAGUCCGCCUGAAAGCGGGGUCAGAGCCAAAGCUGUCGCAGAAGGCCCAGCAGGCACUGAAUGCUCUUGAAUCUAUGGCAUCAAACAAACAAUAUAUGGAUUAUCAAGAGCAGCUCUCCCAGUCUUCUCAGUUCAUCAAGCAUCCAGAACAUUGUCUUCGAGAUGGCAAUAAUCUCUUGGCUCUCCUUAUUAACACUCUGUACCCAGAAGUGCAUUAUUUGGACAGCAUACGAUAGCAGCACUGAGCUCACAGAAUCAUCAUGCAAUGUUGAUUGCUCUGGUUUACAUAUAAUGUUGUUAUUGCACAAGUAAUUUUUACCUUCAGAGUUCCACUUUAAGUCAGAAGUGUGAAUGGGAACUGCACACUGGCAAGUUUUCUCCUCUUAAAAUUUUCUUUCUUUUCUUUUUAUUAGUAGGCCUGUGGAAUUGCUUAGUUUUGUUGACUGAAAACACCUGAGUAUCUCCCUGUGUAUGGUGCGUAUCUGAGAGGAGAUACCUGAGGAUAGGUGUACAAAUCAUUAGACAGCAAAGCUCAUCCUGUAACACCUUAAGUUUUUGCUUUGUGCCUUUUUUUUCUUUUUCCAACGUGUCAUUACUCAGGCCAGUUCAAAGUGAGUGGAGGAUUGUGUGUAAAAGAGGUUUUGACGUUCUUAACCAGGAUACCUCUGAAUCUUACGUGAGUGUGUGUCUGGAGACUUGUGAAAUCCCUGUAUUUGGCAAGAUAGUGGUUUAAAUUUUGACCUUUUUUUUUGCUAUCCCACAGAAAUCUGUAGUAGAAAGGUAAACCUAAAAAUCUUCUCUCACUUCUGUAAAUACAAACUAAAGUUUGAACUAAAGAACUUUGGUUUUCCCUAUUUUCUAAAUAUUAGCUAGUCUGUAUCCAUAUUGCUUGAUUAAAUGCAAGUAACUUCUACCCGAGUCAGGUGAUUUAAAUCCAGAGAUGGAUUUUCUGGAUCCCCAGUGUCUGGGAGGGACAUAGCCAGUUAUGAUCAUGUUGGAUAGGAUUCCUUAGUUCUGAAACUUUUGUUGUUUAGGAAAUACUGAUUUAACAAGUGGACACCCACCACUUAAUUAUAUUCUUUUCUGCCUAGCUGGGCAUGACACGACAGGAUUUUAGAUGACACUGUGAAAAGGUAUUUACCUUGUAUUAAAUUUGGUGAUCACUUGUUAGAAUUCUAUUGCCAAAGCAUGAACCACGAGCCUGUAAAUGUAUUGUCUCAGCUGAAUGAUCCCUGGUUUUGUUGCCUUGUCUGACCAUAAGAUGCACUUUUGUUCAGGGAAAGCAGAAGGCGAGUUUCCCCAGUUGCUUCUCUAAUGUCCCUUUUAUCACCGAUACGUUUGAGGUGGCCCAAGAUCCUGCGGUCCCAGUCUGUACACCUCUAUGAAGGAACAAUGAUCACUUCUCUUCUUCCAUUAAUUGUGCCUUUCUGUUUAGAACAUGGUUACAUGUGAAAACAUUGGGUCUGGUCACUAGAGGAAGGAGAUGUGCUACCUACUGUCUGGUCAAUAAUGCUUUGAAGUGUUGCUCUUAACUGUGGUUCUGGUGCUGGAGAACAAAUCACCUUUUUCUUCUUGACAGAUUCUGCUAACUGUGCCAGCUGGGUCAUUAGAUCACCUUCAUCCUAAUGUGGUCUUAGAGUUCUUUGCUCUAUCUGCGAGCCUAUAAAUAUAUAUACAUAUGUACAUCUCUCUGUAUACUAACCAGGUAUUGAUGCAGCAUGUUUUUUAACAGACUCUUUUGGAAAAUUCAUGUCUGGAAGAAUACAUUCUGCUGCUUUUUCCCCCCCCAAAGACUUAAAAGCACUGGGUUUAUUAGAUUCUAUGUUAUUGAUCAGUUGCAUAAAAAUGUGAAAAAGUCAUAUAUAUGUGUGUUUGACAUGCACUUUUAAAAUGAGAUAUUGUUUCAGCUGUUGAGUUUUUACAAAUGUUGUAUUUAUAACAUGCUAUGUCUGCAAAGACCAUGCAAAAUAAAAAUGAAAACCCAAGUAAUUUGUGACAAACACCAUGAUAUUUUCAACUUGCUGGAAGAAUCCACAUCAGGUAAUAGGUAAUUGUUCUUGGAGAGGAAAGUGUGAUGGGGGAAUGCCACGCAGUUGCUCAGUUGAUGGAGGUCUGGAGACUCUUCUGUUUAACAUCCUGGAUUUAACACGUGUGUGACACAACAGCCUGGUUUUGUGCUCAGAGCCCAGGAAGAAAGCUCAUUUAUUUAGUAGCAGAAAUAGUGUUUCUUUGUCCUGGCAAAAUCCCCCAAAACUCUGUGAUAAUGUAGGGUGAUGCACUGGUUCUGUUCUUUCAGCGCUAACAACUGAUCCAGACUGUGGAAUUUGGUAUUUAUCCCAAAUGAGGGGAAAGCUGGUAGUGUGGAGGGAAGUAGGAGAAAACUAUGCCUCCAGUGCUGGUGGUACAACAUUCUUGCUCAGGGCUUUGCUGGUAGGCAGGGUUGGACCAGGCUGGGGUUACCGCUGUCAGCAAACACCAUUGAUGCCAUCAUCACGUCCAUUUGUCUUGACCAUUGAAACAGCUUCUUUAAUAAUUUACUGCUUAAAAUGUAAUAGAAGUGAUGCUGUUGACUUUUUUCCCAUUUCUCGAUCUAGUAAUU